UCACGCAUGCGCAUUUUGACCUUAAAAAACGUGGUCGUGUUUUCAUUACACGUGUUUUUAACUUUAACGUUUUUAAUAUUUGCCUAAAAUUUAAUUAUAGAGAGAAUAUUUAUUUAAAUUGUUUGCGAAAUUUUGGAAUUGUUUUACUUACGAUGGAAACAACGGAAACGAAAAGCGCAAUAUUGUGUACAACGUGGGUAAAAAAAGGAGUUGCAGCAGCGGUACCCGAUAAGGUACAAUUAAGUCCAGAGGAAUUAAAGAAUAUUAUCCAGGAAACUAAGACAGCUUUGGAUGACCUUGAGGAUGAGUCGGACAGUGACAAUGAACCAUCGUCAUCAAAAGGAAAAGAUACAAAAGUUAAAAAGGAGAAGAGUAAGGGAAAUAAAUCUGAAAACGUCGAUGAUGAUAUGGAAGAGGAAAACGUUACAAUUAAAAGUGCAGCCGACCAAGACGAGUUUAAUUUCGAAAAUUAUGAUGACGAAUCUGGUAAUAUCCACUGUUAUAUUAAUAAUAUAGCGGAAUUUGAGGAGGAUCCUUUGAUAACAAUCAAGGAUGACGACGAUGAUUCUGAGAAAGAAGAUGAUAUCAUUAAACCCAAUGAUAAUCUUGUUUUGAUGGGACAUAUCGAGGAGGAUGCCAGUAUUUUGGAAAUAUUUGUGUAUAAUGAGGAGGAAGGAUCGUUCUAUUGUCAUCACGAUAUUUUAUUACCCUCACAACCUUUGUGUCUCGAGUGGCUCAAUUAUGAUCCUAGUGACGCUAAGCCAGGCAAUUUGUGCGCUAUUGGUGAUUUUACGCCAGUAAUUAAAGUUUGGGAUUUGGAUCUAGUCGAUUGUUUAGAGCCAGCAUUCAAAUUGGGACGUAAGGAGAAUAAAAAGAAAAAAAUUAAACGAAUCGGUCACAAGAAAUCUGUUUUGGAUUUAUCGUGGAAUAAAAAUUAUACGCAUGUGUUAGCAAGUGGUUCAGUGGACAAAACUGUAUUAUUGUGGGAUUUAGACAAUGGAACGCCGGUCACGAAAUUAUCGCCAUUUAAUGAUGCGGUACAAACAAUCAAGUGGCAUCCACAAAAUGCUCAUCAUUUGUUGACAGGAUCGAUUGAUAAAUUUGUCAGAUUGCUCGACUUCAGGACGGAGGACAAUUUCGAAACCCUAUCGUGGGAAAGUCCUGGAGAAGUCGAACGAGUAUUGUGGAAUCAUUUUGAUCCUAAUAUUUGUUUCGCUACUACCGAUAAUGGAUUCAUUCAGUGCAUUGAUGUCAGGAAAAAAGCUCCUUUAUGGCAACAAAAUAUUCACGAAGGUGCUAUAACAGGUUUAUCAAUGAGUACUUCGUGUCCUGGUCUAAUGGUCACCACAUCUGACGAUGAUAUUCUUAAAGUCUGGGAUCUAAUUGAUCUGAAAGAGCCGCAAUUGGUUUGGGAAAAGAAAACAAAUCUUGGAAAAAUUCUUUGUCUCGAUUCGAGUCCAGAUAAUCCGUUUGUUUUCUCCGUUGGAGGCGAUAAUAAAGCUCAUAAUUAUAAAGUAUUCGAUUUCACUCAAAUAACGUUAGUUAUGGAAAGAUUUCAGGAUCGAGAAUUAAUCAAGAUGAAAUCUGAUGAGACAAAAAUGACGACAGAUCAGGAUGAAGAAAUGAUGGAAGUGGCUGAGGAAAUCGGACAAAUAAAUCUCGAAUUAUCGGCGAAAAAAAUGCGCAAGAAAAAGAAGAAGACAAAGAGCGAAAACUAGAAGUUUUAAAAAGUUAGGUAAUGUAAAUAAUGUUUCAAUUUAAUUGUGUUGUAAUAUAACAUUUUUCUAAUGUUUAA